GAGGCAUCACCAAGGGAGAGAGGAAACAGGCUGGUAGUGAAAAGAAAGAAAGAUGGGGUGGAUGAAGAGACAUUAUGGAUGAAAGGAGGGAGGAAAGACCUGCUUAGGUACAGAUUAGAGAAAGCAUCCCACAUGGGGCAACUUAGUUUAGCAUUCAACACGCGUCGCGAGGAAGUGAUGAGGGGAAGGGGAAGAAGGAGGGAGGGAAAUAGGAAGGGAGGUGGAGAGACGUUGCUAGGUGACGGAGCGUACAUACUGAAUUUUAACAAAAUCACGGGAGAGCAGAGGGUGAGUGAGAGGGACGGAGAGGUAGCAGUCAGCAACAUGUAGCCUCGCUGAGUGGAGGGAAGGUCGAAACUGUGCGUGUGGCUCGUGUGCGCCUCUUCUCAGUUCUCUAAAAAGGGGGACAACAUGUUUGCGUUUCAUCCCGAGGACAUUGUCCCGCAAUAAUCAAAUCGAUCCGGCUGUAUGUCGCAGGAAAUGUCCAGCGGAUGGAUGGAUGGAUGCAUGCAUGGAUUUUGGUGCACGGAGAGACAUUCUGGAGAGCAGAAAGACAAGAAGAAGAGGAGGAAGUGUGUGGGGCUCCUGAGAACAGGUCUCCUCUUCACAUCAGGUGAAGCACUGUAAUCUGCCAGCCCCCCAACCCCCCCUCCACCACCUCAAGAGGCAUCACCCUUUAUAACAGAAUCCCUAAAGCCUCACCUUGCAGAACCUAUCAGACAACCACCACUGGCCUUUUCUCUGCCUCAUGGUGGCCCCAAGGCCCACCCUCUCACUGCUAUUGGCUGUCCUGGCCUGCACGGGGCCCGCACACCCCUCGCCCCCCCCUCAACACCGGACCCGGGAGAGAGAGAGGGACUCGGGUGGCGUCAACAUAGCCGUAGUCCACUCUAGCUCCUCCCUGCUCCCGGAGACGGUGGUGGUGGGAGGCACGAGGGUUGGUGAGCCGGGUCUCGGGCCCAGUCUGGGAAACGGUCCCGGAGGAGGAGGGAGGGGAGUGACAGAUACAGCCUCACUGGCAGGAGUGGCUGCCAUGGCCUCUUUGUCCUCCUCACCAUUGGCAGCGCUUGUGGGGGAACCGGUGACUACGUCAUCAGGUAAAGCCAAUGUCAUCUACCUGGCAGUGAAUGAAAGCAGUCCAGGGACUUUACUGCUGCAGCUGUGUGAGCUGCUGGCCACCACACCUCUGCAGGGUUUGGUGUUUGAGGAGGAGAGACCACCACCACCAAACCGUGCCCCUCUAGCCCCAAUGCUCGAGUUUGUCUCUGCUCAGACGGGGGUUCCUGUUGUUGCCGUCGGGGGCGGAGCCAGUCUAGGACGAGAGCCACAGGAGAGCGGCUCAAUCUACCUCCAAUUCACCUGCUCCACAAUUCUCCAGCUUGAGGUGAUCUUUGAAGUGCUUGAAGAAUACGACUGGACAUCUUUCUCUGUAGUAACCACCCGUCACCAUGGCUAUGAGGACUUCCUGGCCAUGGUGGAAGGGAUGACGGAUGGCUCAUUCAUUGGCUGGGAGAAGAAGAGCGUGGUGGUUCUUAACGUGACGGAUGACCCUGGUGGGGCACGGACCAAGCGACUGCUUAAAGACAACGAAGCCCAAGUGCGUCUGCUUUACUGCUCCCUGGAAGAAGCUGAGCUGAUCUUCCGGGCCGCUUGGGCAGCGGGUCAAGCCGGGCCAAGUCACAUGUGGUUUGCUGUGGGACCGGCCCUGUCUGGACUGGGCCUAGAGGGUCUUCCGAAGGCCCUAUUUGCCAUCAGGCCUCAGGGCUGGAGAGAUGAGCCACGCAGGCGAAUCGCCAAGGGAGUUUCAGUACUCACUCAUGGGGCGAUGGCUCUAAGGAGAGACCAGGGGCCAAACAGCAGGGCACAGUACGCUGGUAACUGCCAGGGCGACGGCAACCAAACCCAUCGUGUGCCAGAUCGAAUCAGGUACUUCACCAACAUAUCCAUCGGUGGGCGAGAUUAUUCCUUCAACAGUGAUGGCUACCUGUCCAAUCCCUUAAUUGAUGUAAUCUCCUACACCAACGGGAGAGGCUGGGAGGAGGUUGGUUGGUGGGAGAAUGGACACCUUCGUCUCCGUUACCACCCCUGGUCUCGUUAUGGCUCUUUCUUGAAGCCCCUAGAUGACUCCCAACACCUCCGAGUGGUCACCCUGGAGGAGAGGCCAUUUGUCAUUGUGGAGCCUGCAGACCCGGGCACCGGAUCGUGCAUCCGGGACUCCGUGCCCUGCCGUAUGCCCAUGAACUCCAGUUUGGUGGUGGAUGGCGCCAGUCCUUUGAAGCACUGCUGCAAAGGGUUCUGCAUCGAUGUCCUAAAGCGUCUGGCUAAGAUUGUGGGCUUCACUUAUGACCUUUACUUGGUGACAAAUGGCAGGCAUGGGAAGAACAUUGAUGGGGAAUGGAAUGGCAUGGUGGGAGAGGUGGUCUCCAACAGGGCAGAUAUGGCUAUCGGUUCUCUCACCAUUAACGAAGAGAGGUCAGAGGUCGUGGAGUUCUCAGUUCCCUUUGUAGAGACCGGCAUCAGUGUGAUGGUUUCUCGCAGCAAUGGAACAGUGUCACCUUCUGCAUUCCUCGAGCCCUACAGCCCAGCAGUGUGGGUGAUGAUGUUUGUGAUGUGCCUGUCAGUGGUGGCUGUCACCGUCUUCAUCUUUGAGUUCUUCAGCCCCGUGGGAUACAACCGCAGUUUGCAGAGCGCCAAGAAAUCAGGUGGAUCAAAGUUCACCAUCGGGAAGUCUGUUUGGUUGCUGUGGGCACUGGUUUUCAACAACUCUGUUCCUGUGGAAAAUCCCAGAGGAACCACCAGCAAGAUCAUGGUGUUAGUUUGGGCCUUCUUUGCUGUCAUCUUCUUGGCCUCCUACACUGCCAACCUGGCUGCCUUCAUGAUCCAGGAGGAGUAUAUUGACACCGUGUCUGGACUGUCGGAUAAGAAGUUUCAGCAGCCGACGGAGCAGUAUCCACCACUGCGUUUUGGAACGGUGCCGAAUGGCAGCACAGAGGAGAACAUCCGCUCCAACUAUCCCAACAUGCACCAGUAUAUGAUUCGCAACAACCAGAAAGGCGUGGAGGAGGCCAUUGAUAACCUGAAGACAGGAAAACUAGAUGCCUUCAUUUAUGAUGCCGCCGUGCUGAACUAUAUGGCCAGAAAGGAUGAGGGCUGCAAGGUGAUGACAAUCGGCUCUGGGAAGGUGUUUGCUACCACAGGCUACGGCAUUGCUCUGCACAAGAAUUCUCGUUGGAAACGACCACUGGACCUGGCGCUGCUGCAGCUGGUUGGAGAUGAUGAGAUUGAUAUGUUGGAACGCCUCUGGUUGUCUGGAAUCUGCCACAAUGAUAAGAUUGAGGUGAUGAGUAGCAAGCUGGAUAUUGACAACAUGGCGGGUGUGUUCUACAUGCUGCUGGUAGCCAUGGGGCUCAGUCUUCUGGUGUUUGCAUGGGAGCAUCUGGUGUACUGGAAGCUAAGGCACUGUGUGAAGAGGUCUGGUGGGAUGGACUUCCUCCUGGCUCUCAGCAGGGGAAUGUACAGUUGCUGCCAAUUUGAGGAUGAGACAGCACCAGGAGGGAGCAAAAGCUCUUUGCCCCAGUACCACACUGUGACUACGAUGCCCACUAUACCACAACAACACCUUGUUACUGCCACAGUGAACAACACAACCGCCAUCGCCAUGGUACAGCAGCAACCGCCAAAGCAUCACCAACAGCAACAAGGGCAAACCUAUACCACUAUGCUACCUGGAUCACCACCAGCAACAGGACAUUCAGCGAUGGCAUUGGGUCCCUCAAAUAGUCCGUUAUUGGAAGGCCCAAUGCCUUGCUCAACUUUCUUGCCACGUCAUGACCGUAGACUGGCUGUGGUUGACCGAUGGAACAGGCCAAAGCCAGAAAAGAUCAUAAGUGGUGGCAGCAGUGGGGGAGUAGGUGUUGGAGGCAUUGCUGGAGGAAUAACUGAUCUACAAUCCCAACAACAGUAUCAACAGAGCCGUGGAACACACUGGAGUUUUCAAGGAGGACUUACAAGUGGAACUGGAGGAGGUGACACAGGGCUAGAUGAAUAUAAGCGCUACUACGGUCCUAUAGAUCCAGAGGGGCUAGGGUCUAACUUGGACCAGCAGGGAGGAGGGCUUCAACAGACUCCCAAAACCAAUUCCAGAGGCUUUAAAGCCCCAGGAAUGCCAAGGCUGCCUCCAAAAGGCCCUCAACAAGGACAAGGGCACUUAAUCCCCAAGCCUCCUCCACCAAUGCCAUCCUCUCCACGGAGGCCUCCCUUCUGGAGACGAGGCAGCCUAGCUCAGGCAAGGAGGAAAAGCUCAGGAGGUCCUUUGUAUGAGAAUAUACUCCCUCUAGGGAGGCGAGGUGGUGGGAGGUAUGGAGCAAGUGACGGAGCUGGAAGGAGGGGACGUCGCCCACCUCCACCUCUUCCAGUCCCUCUUUCUUCCCCAACACACACGCCUACGACCCCCUCUUCCCCAUGCCGUUUCUACUCUUCCUGUUCUAGUGCCUCGUCUUCUUCCUCUUCCUCCUCCUCAUCUUCAUCUUCUUCAUCCUCUGGGUCAAUUUCUCGAUCAAACUCUCCAUCAUCGUGCUCCAGUGACAGUUCUUAUAACUCCUCGCUGAGUUUCCGUUAUCGUGCAGGCGAUCGGGAAUUUAUGGUAGAUGAGUAUGACUCAGAUCUUCUCACUGAAGAGUCCAGCCUCCUUUUAGGAUCACGGAGAAAGAUCCGCUCACGACGCAUGUCAUCUCGCUCAUUGCCAUGCAGCCCACCACCUCCUCCAGUCCCACCACGAAAGCCACACCCACAAAAAUAUUUUGGUAGGGAGAGAACGGGCAGUCAGCUAGCUCAGUUACAGGAGUGGUGGGCAUCCUGGGGUGACAGGGAGAGAAAGAGGGGAGGUACAGCAAGCAAAGCAGAUGGACCUUUGGGUAGAGAUGAGAAGAGACGCCACAAAGAGAGAGAGCGUGAGAGAAAAAGGAGGAAGAAGGGACGAAAAAAGAAAAAGAGGGAGGAGAGGGAAAGAGAACGGGAAAGAAAACGACGCAAAGCUAAGAAAAAAAGGAAGAAAGAUGAUAAGGUGAGAAAGAGAGAGCAAAAGAGAUCAGAGGUGGAUGAGGGAGAACCUGAAAAAAGAGAGGAAGUUAAAUCUGAAACACCAGACUUCCCAGCAUAUCCACCCUUGAGGAGAGAAUCGUUUCGUAAGAAGAGUGAAAGCUCUAUCAGAAGUUAUGGGUGGAACAUUCCAGGUGAAGAUGAACGUAAAGAAAGAGAAGAAAUGAAGAGGGAUGAUGGAGAAGAGAGUAGAGGGAAAGAUAGGCACCACAGAAGAAGAAACAGCAAACACCAUCCUGGCUCUAGUAGUAAGCCUUCUACAUCUGUCAAGUUCUGGGGUGGGGGAAAUCCAUCUUCUGACAACAUUCCAUCUGCCUUUCUGCCCUUGUUACCAGUCUCUUCUAAAAGGAGGAAAAGUAAAAGUUCAGACAGAGAUACUGCGUGCAUGGAAGGGGAGAAGAGGCCAUUGUUGGGACGAAACGAAAGAGGUGAGCUGCAGUCUAAGGAAGGUCUCUCCUUCCAUGAAUGGGAGUCUGAGGUAGAGGAUGGGGAAGAAGACUCUGAACCAGAGAGGAAGAAAGCAGAUCAUGGGAAAAGACGUGGAGGAGGGAGGACUAUGUCUGACGAGGAGCAGGAUCAUGAUAAGGUAGUUGGGAUAUAUUCUGAUGAUGAUGGUUCUUCAGGAGAAUUUGGGAAGUUUGAGAGGUACUGGGAAGAUCAUGAAGGUAGGGCAGUAGGGGGAAUUGGAGGAGGAGGCUGGUUUUUCAGUACUUAUCCCUCCAGGGACAAAGCAGGCAGCAUUAAUAGUAGAGAUGAUCUCUUCCUAGAACGAGGAGAACGAUGGGGAACAGCAGAAGGGGAGUGGGGGUCUAGUGCAGGUGGUGUUGGAAGAGACAGAGGUUGGGGAUCAGGUUCACACUGGCCCCCGCCUCCUCUCACUGCGCCUCCUCCUAGACGAUAUUGGUCAGUGGACAAGCUUCAUAUACAGGAUGAGAAGAAAAGUAAGCGCAAGUCAAAAGACAAAUCAAGGGGGCACAUGGCUUGCUCUUCUUGUCAAUCGCCUCAGCACCAUACUCACUCCUACAAAUGGGCCCGUGCAACUUCACGAAGCCAGGAAGAGCUGUUUCACCACUGCCAGAAUUUGGGUGGUCCUUUAAAGCCAAAACACGACUCUUCAUCAUCAUCCAAACCUGAUCGUUCACACAAUCCAUCUAAAUCUGGCAGCCAGUCGAACCUCAGUAUUCAGCAGCGAACACAGAGAACAGAAAGGGAAAGAGAUCGAGGAAGACAACCAUCCCCACCUUCAUCUCUUAUUCAAAACGUACCACCUCCACUUCCUGCCCUUCCAGCACCUCCAUGCUCAUCUCACUCUAUUCAUGUUCCUCCCCCUACUUCCUCCUCUUCUGUAUCAUCUCCCUCGGUGGUGUCUGCACCGGGGGCACCCCAGACCUCCGCAAUGGCUUCGGCAAGUGCCAAACUGCAGUACCAGAGACUGCGUUCUGUACCCCAGCCCCAGAGGUUUCCACAGUCUCCACACCUACCCCUCAAAGCCAAGAGCCUUUGCUCACGAAGGGGCUCAGCUCAUUUCUCCAGUGUGGAGAGUGAAGUCUAAAGUCGAGCAAUGUUUCAGAAUUAAUAAGAAAGCCCUGCAAGGCUGAUAUGAGAGAAAGGACCUGCAAUCAUGGCUGCACAGCAACAAACAGGGCUGCAUAGCCAAGUCAGUACAGCUCUGAGCCCUUUUCCUAAAGUUCUGCACAAACAAACCAGAAAGCCAAACAAACCCAAGGGAGUACAUCAAGGGAACACAGGACCACUCUUGUUUUUAGUCUUAUUUUGUUUUUAUUUGCUCCGUACGACGGACAAGAACCACGAAACUGACUCUGAACCUUGUUUAGCAGCAGAGGCAAAUCAGACAUCGCUAAAAGAGGCCUGAACAUUUUGAAAGCUGAAGAACAGAGUCGGUGUAUUGAGAGAUAGUUUGACGCUUACUGAGGGCUCAGGAACUUUUUAGUACUACACGCCCACUGCUCUCAGAAGCCUUUAACACAGAUCACUUUUUUCCCUUUUAAACAAAUUGCUUACCCCGACUUUCCUUUCCCCUAACAAACUGUUUACACCCCGCAGAACUGUGAUACCCAACUGAGGCAUUUUUGUUUUAUAGUCAAUGUCUUCUUAGUUACCGAGGGUGAUAACCACCUACUUUUCUGGUAUCCGUUGAUUUGUUUAGCUUCUAUUCCCCCCCCCCCCCCCCCUUCACCAUUCUUACCCCUUUCCACUGUACUCCAUUCUUUUAGUUUUGCUUCGUACUUUUCUUCUUUGUCUACUUGUUAUUUAAAAAAUAUUUAUUUAUUUUUAAUAUCUCGCCACCUCAGUUAUGUUUUCCCUCUUGGCUCCUCUCCUCGAUGUGAUUAUUAUGUGUGUCUGUGCUUUUCUGUGUUUGUAUUCUUGACAACAGGGUAAGUCAGCUUUGACUGAUAUUCUUCUGGCUUAAUGAAAAGCUGAGUGCCAAACUUAAGUAGAGCUCAACAUCAAUCUAUAUAAUGUUAGCAGCUGUGUUCCAUUUUAUCUUGCAGAGUAUUACAUCAUCUCCAAUAUACACAUGCUAAUGCAUACCGCUCAUAUACACACACACACCUGCACAUAAACAGGUCAAAUUAUCUACUUCUUUAGCAAUACAUUACACAACCUUACUUCGUGUUUAAAGCUUUAUAUUUAAAAACCAUGACUUUACUUCUAUGUCAUAGUUGUUGCUACUGAUGGUGUAUUAUAUGUCAAGACAAGUAUUAAAUCAAAUACAAUGUAAUCACUGUGCCAUACUCAAGCUUGGGUACACAUAAAAUGUUCUCUCAACUACCUAACCACAAAAACGGAGGCAGUUUCUGUUCCUUGCCUAUUUCCAACUGAAUGUAAAGUCAGCCGCCAACACGUGUGCUGCAACGACAAUUACUGUAAGACACUUGUAGCAUUUUGAAGGAAUCAAUUUGCAUGGGUAAUACAUGUGGACAAAAUGCAGUUAUUGUUAAGAGGACUAUAGAGAAAGUAAAGAUGGGAAUUGUUCGUCUUGAGCGUGCUAAGGAAUUAGAGCUGCAGUGGAUUUAAAUUUAUUUAGCCUGUUUAUUUAGUCUCCCACAAGAGGUGCAGUUGGUGCCAAGGCUAGACAUAAAAAGUAAUAAACUGAAGCAUUUAAAACACAUUUUCAACCCAGGUUUGCUACUUAUUAAGCAAGAGUGUAAUCUGUAAGGUGGUUCUCAACCAACUGUUAGACAAUGCUAUUUGCCCCUGUCAUGUCUGACUAUGAGCUGUUUAAUCAGAGAAGGACGUGAUUGGUCCAAAAAUACAUUUAGUGCCAGAGCCGUUUUGAUGUCACUGGGCUAUGCUUGGGAUAGAUGUGUGAUCAGAGAAACUGUUACAUCUCACUGGGAAGAAAAUCUUGUGAUAUUUUGUUCCGAAUCUUCUAAAUGUGAAACCAUGAGAUGUAGUUUGUGAUCCAGGACCUGACUGACACCUGCAGAUUCUCUACAAUGUGACUGAAACAUUCAUGGACAAUAGUUUUGUUUUUAAAUCAAUUUUUAUUUGAAUCAGAGUGAAUUAAAUCAACCUUUGAUUUAUUUUUCUACAAAAUAAAAAUAAAAAUACAGAGUGCAAGAGAGGGGACAGAAAUGUUUUAUUUGCUAAAGGUUUCUGAGCCAUUUGUCCCAAGUCUGGUCAACUCACAUUGAUUGCCUGGAACUGCAUCUGAGCCAUACGUUACUUUGACUGAAGAGAACAAAAGAGAUUAAGUUUUUAAAAUAAAUUUGUCAUAUAGAGUUAGUCUUAUUUUCAUUGAGAAAAAAAUCUAUAUAUUUAAUAAAUAAAUAUAUGUAUAAUUGUGGCACUUGCUACUAUAAGACGACAUUCUUAAUACUUGAGAUUGGUUUUCUGUCUAGAUCUGUUAAAACAAUAUUUAUUUUGAGAAAAAUAAAUAUAUAAUUCACCAUUAUAACUUAAGAUGUUAUAAAACAUAAAUGUGUCCCUUAAAUAAGGUUAAAACUGUUUUGUUAGCGCUUUAAAAUUAACAAUCGUUUACACAAAUUUCAUUGAAAUGAAAUAAAGCAGUGAGUGUGACAUGCUUCCAUGCAUUCACAUAGCAAACAGCUUAAAGCUGCAAUAGCAAAUCUGCAAAACAGGCUAGCUUAAAAAACAAACAUGGUCACAGAACUUUCACCCCUCCUGUCGGCUAUCACCAGUGUUCGUUUUCUAGGUCCAAACACAUUUUUUUUCCCAUCCAUCCAUUUUCGGCCGCUUAUCUGAGGUAGCGAGGGCAGUAGCCUAAGCAGGGAGGCCCAGACAUCCCUCUCGCCAGCCACCUGGCCCAGCUCCUCUGUGGGCAUCCUAAGGCCAAUAAAUCAAGAGCUUUGCCUUCUGGCUCAGCUCUCUCUUCCCCACAACAGAUCAGUACAACUCCCACAUCACUGCAGACGCAGCACCAGUCCGCCUGUCGACUUCACACUCCAGAGACAACCAAAUAGUCCAAUCGUUGGUUUCGGACCGAGCCGUGUUGUUUACUGAGAUUUGUAGACAAAUGUGAGAGAACCACUUCAUUAAUUGUAUUUGUUUUUUUUUUUAUCUCCACAGUAGAUGUGCAGCUAAACUAUGUUACAACAUUGUUAAGAUUCAUGAAUAAAAAUGCUUUAGGCUAGCUUAUUUAACAGAUUUGCCAUUGUAGCUUUAAUUUUAUCCUAAUACAUAAAAACCAUUACAAGUUCUAACUUUAAGCGGUAAAGAUGUGUGAUCGUACACAAGCUCAGUUGCACAGCAGCUUGCGGUGGUGUGGACACAAUGCUUCAAUGUUUCUUUAGAAAAAAAUAAGCCAAUCAAUCUAUCCCCUUUUCCUCUUUUGCCUAUUUUUUUCCUCACGUCUUUUCAUUGUGCUGGUGUGUGUCUGCAAAUGUAAAGCUGGUCUGUUCUUAAAAAAACAAAAAGAGUAUCUGUGGUUAUAUUUAUUUCAUCUAAAAAGGAGCAUAUCUCUCUAUAUGUAUAUAAUAGUAUAUUUCAAGACUUUAAUAUCUGUUAUAUAAGUUUGUCAACUAAAUUUAUGGUAUUAUCUCAAUGAAAAUGUCUUUUCUGUCCGUGUCUUUCCUUGUCUCAAUCCAGCUGCCCAGCUCCCCCACCCAAGUGAAAACAGAGACCAGUAUGGAAACUGUGUUUUUGCUCACUUAAGACAACCAUCCGCCUCCAUUAGCUAACUAGCGUAGCUAAUGCUAGAAUUCUACAUGGUGACAAUGUGAAGGGGAGCACGAGUGUCUUAUGACCAUGUCACUGUAGCAGUGGUGGUGAGUGUUUGUUUACCCAGAGGGGCCUUUAUUUUUGGUUUGGGCUACAGAUUAUUAAAAAGUCUUUUGUGGAUACAGCAGCCGUUACCACAACUCUCUCAUGUGUACUCGGGUCUUAUUCUGGACCUUGUUUUGGUUUGAUUGGAGCUGUGAGUUUUUAAUCCUAGUGGACAGCGAGGUGACCUCCUGGGAACACAAUGUAGCGAGCAGCACAGGCUUUUUUUUUUUUUUUUUUUUGCAUCUUUGAGUAGCUGAAUAUUGAUAAAAACCAUGCACAGCUACCCCUGCCAACCAACCUGUACGAUAUGUUCAAGGACUUUUUAUGUAUCUGCCAAGCUGCUGUGCUGUAAAACAAUAAAAGAAAAAGAAAAAAGUAACUGAACCACAUGAUUUCUUUCUUAACUUUACAAAGCUGGAAAAAUUAUUACAAAUAAUUCUGGAGGAGAGCUAAAUCUGCUGUUUAUGCAGUUAUGACCAAGGCCAAAAAUGGAUUCUCCAGGGCUUUUUUUCCCCCCAUUUAUGUCUCCUCUUUGUUUUGUUUUUGUUUUUUGUCAUUAAAACAUAGUUUGCAGCUUUUCAUAUCCUUUUGAAUGCUCAGUCAGUCCCACCGAGCGAUCAGCAUCAGUCCCACUUUCAUAUAAACAAUUAUUUUAUCCAUCAAGCAUGUGAAGGUUACCAGUAAUCUGCAUUUCUACAUUAAUGAGGAUCAAAAUUAAUUCAUUUACGGCUGUAUUUUAUUGGUCAAAACAGUAAUACCUGAUUUACUGGAGCCAUGGUUACCAUUUUAAUUACUACCCAUGAUUUUCUUUUUGGUGUUUUUGUUAAGAUAAAUCUACCAAUUCAUUUCUUUCUGUCCGUUAUCCACUUAGUAUAUGGUUGCAUGCUGUAUUGUGUGCAAGUUUCCCUAUUUUGUCAUCUGUAGUGCAAUUUGAACAUUUAAAUAACAAGAUUAACAAAAAAUAUCAUAAAUAAGGACAUUGGACCAUGAUAAAAGAGCCAUUGUUCAGCCUAAAGUGGCCUCCGUAAAAUCACUUUAUCAAAGGUAAACACACUUCCCACACUUGAUUUCAUGAUAUUUGAAGUAUUUUUUUUUCUUUUGUUGAUUCUUAACCCUGGUGAGCCUGGUUUUAGUCUGCAAUGGAAGCACAUUCACAGACUUUGCUCGUACACCUCUGACCAUUGUCUCAAAGCCUUGUAAUACAACUGCUGUAUCAACGGACUGCAUGGGACAAAACGAGUGGCUGUUCCACAAUUUAUUGUCAGCACCUCACACACACACACACACACACACAUGCAGACCAACAAAGAAAAUAGUUCCACACAGGGCUGGCACUCUCCUUUUACAGGUGUGGCCACAUGCUGCCAGCCCUCUGCUUUAGUCACGUCGAUGGAGCAGUGGGGACACUGACAAUAACGUGUUGUACUGCGACCAGGACAAAAAUAAAAAGAUGAUUUUAUUAAAGAGAUGAAAAGUGUUGGUGUUUUCUUCUGCCGAUUGGGAUGACGGGAUGAAAAUUUUAAUGUAUUGCCAUUUUUGAUAUUCAAGGAUUACAUUUACAUAGGGUUAUUUAGGGGGAACAUAUGUGUUCUACUGUCUUCUGAUGCAACUUAAAAGCUAUCACUGGUCACCAAGGUUUUCCUGGAUGUUUCAUUUUGAAUUGAGAAAAAUCUAUAAAUGGCCUGUAUUUGUAUAGCACCUUUUAGGAUCCACAUCCCCUCAAGGAGCUUCAAAAUAUAAUCAGUCAUCCUCCCAUGCACACAUGCAUUCACAUGCUGGUGGAGAUGAGCUACGAUGUAGCCACAGCUGCCCUUGGGCGCAAUGACAGAGUCAAGGCCUGCCGAACACGGGUAUCACCGGUGCCUCUGACCACCAGGAGGCAAGGCAGGUUAACUGUCUUGCCCAAGGACACAACAGCAGCAGAUGAGGAGGAAUUUAUUUUCUGGAAAUCAGUUUCACUAUGAGUUUUUCUAUUUCAGAAAACUCACUUUUUAUGAUUCCACUGGUGAAUUUCCCUGAUAUUAACCUUAAGUGUCCUCAUCAUAAAUCUGUUGGUUUUCCAAAAUAACAUUGUUAAAGAAAAUAGGUAUAUUAUCUGGGAGUAUUAUGGCCCAUUCCCAUCUGUACCUGGUCGGCCCUGCCCGGAUAGCUCCAGUCGGUCCCAGUCUGGCCCGGUUGAUUCCACACAUCCUUACUUAGGUAUACAAGGAAUGCAGUCAGAGACAUUUUCAGCUUCUAGGUAAUCAGCAUGAUAAUGAAUAAUAAUGAAUUGAGCAUGCCUUAAGCCCAUGUGGGCUAAUUCUACCCACCAAUCAGAUGCUUGCUCUAAUGGAAGGUGUGAAUUUGCUGACUGAUAAGGACUGACAGGAAACGGGACCACAUCAGUCCGGUUCUGGCCUCUGUGCACUGGCUUCUGGUUCGCUAUCACUCACAAUUCAAAAUCCUCGUCUUUGUUUAUCAUUUCUUCCAGGGUGGUGCUCCCCCCUAUCUGGCCACUCUCCUGAACAGACAUUCCCCAUCACGUGCUCUGCGCUCCUCUGACCAAGGCCUGCUCGCUGUCCCUCGUUCUAGGUGUCGUACUUGCGGGGACCGGGCUUUCUCAGUCCUAGCACCAUCACUAUGGAACCAGUUGCCACCCUCAGUUAGGCUGUCCUGAUCUCUGCCAGUCUUUAAGAGUCACCUAAAAACCCACCUCCUCCACGUGGCGUUUCCUGAACAUGUUUGAUUUUGGCCCUCUUUUAUGUUGAAUUUAUUUCACAGUUUUCAUUGGUUCACUCUAUCCAUUGUUUUACACAUUUGUCCUGUACCAGAAUGUUUCACCUUUUUUGUAAUUUGUAUUUUGUAAUUUGUAUUUUGUAAUUUGAAUUGCUUUUAUUUUUGAUUUAUUCAAUAUAUUUACCUUCAACUGUACCAUGUUCAGCGUCUUGGGCUUCCUGACAGGGUUGCGGAAGGCGCUUUAUAAAUAAAGCUUUGAUUGAUUGAUUGAUUGAUUGAUUGAUUGAUUGAUUGAUUGAUUGAUUGAUUGAUAAGCCAGCUUAUCAGUCAGCAGUGGGUGUGUUGGCCCUGGUCAGCCUGAAGCAGACCACCUCAGAAAGAGGGCUGAAAAACAGUCUCGUUGCACCCUGAAAAAAGGCAGGCCACCAAGGUAUGUAAGC